AUGGUGAAGAUGAGCCUGGACCCUGUACAGGUGAUGAGCGGACAGGUCAAGGAGCUCCAAGUUGCCCCUUCGUCCAAUGGGGACAGCAGAGCACCAUGGGAAGAGAAGGAAGAGUUUGAUCAAGAUCACCUGGGCCUCACCACCAAGCCAAAACCAGUGACAGGGAGACGAGCCCGGAAGGUGGAAGGAGGCGUGUUCUUCCCAAAGCCAGAGAACGCAGUGACUAUUGCCGUUUCGUCCCGCGUCUUGUUUCGGACUGAGCAUGAGCAGAAGGUGUUUGAGCAGAAAGGAGUGGAGGAGUAUCUAAGAUACCAGAUCGAACACGAGAACGAACCCUUCGCCCCUGGACCCGCUUUCCCCUUUGUCAAGGCUCUGGAGGCAGUCAACAAUCGUCUGCGGGAGCUGUACCCACAAAGUGAAGAACUGUUUGACAUUAUUUUGGUGACGUACAACCAUGCACACGUAGGAAUACGGCUCAUCAACACAAUCAACCAUCACAACUUGUUCAUUGAGAGGUUCUGCAUGACGGGGGGAAGCAGUCCUACCGGCUACCUGAAGGCCUGGCAGACCAACCUCUACCUGUCUGCUGACGCCAACAAGGUCCAGGAAGCACUGGCUGAAGGCAUUGCAGCAGCCACCAUGUUCAUGCAGGAGAAGGUGACGGAGGUAUCAGAGUCCCAGCUGAGGGUGGCGUUUGACGGUGAUGCCGUCCUCUUCUCUGAUGAGUCAGAACGAAUCUUCAAAGCCCAUGGGCUGGACAAGUUCUUCGAACACGAGAGGGAACAUGAGGACACGCUAUUGGAUCAUGGUCCCCUGAAGGGCUUUCUGGAGGCACUGGGGAAGCUCCAGAAAAAGUUCUACGCUAAAGGCCAGCGCAUGGAGUGUCCCAUCCGGACCUACUUGGUCACAGCUCGUAGCGCAGCCAGCUCCGGGAUUCGGGCGCUGAAGACACUCAGGGCCUGGGGCUUGGAGAUCGACGAAGCCUUGUUCCUGGCAGGAGCACCGAAGGGCCCUAUGCUGCAGAAGAUCAAGCCGCACAUCUACUUUGAUGAUCAGAUGUUUCAUGUGGAGGGAGCAGUAGAGAUGGGCACCAUCGCUGCCCAUGUGCCCUAUGGCAUUGCACAGAAAAAGAACCCCAAACAGAAUACCAGUUCAGGGAAGUAG